AUGCGCGAUGAACCGAUAUUUGCAUGCGCCGAGGCGAAUCCAACUCAGCAGCCGAGAUGCAACCCUUUUGGAACCAGGUUUCUGAAGGAUGAGUCUCGCGUUUUCGAUCACAACGCGUGGGACGACGUGGAGUGGAGUGAAGAGCAACAGCAAGAAGCUCUGAAAAUUGUGGAGAAGCAGAAGGAAGUGAAAGUCGACGAGGAAAAAGCUAGCAAACUGCUAGAGAAGCCUGCCGAUCAGUGGGACGCCUUCUACGCCAACAACGAGAAUCGAUUUUUCAAGGAUCGCAACUGGCUGCUGAAGGAGUUUCCUGAAUUGGACGUCAAUUCUUCGCGCAACUUGGAGGUUCUGUUAUUUUUAUUGCUUGCUGCUUGAAAUUCUCGCGAAUUAGUAGAGUUUUCAGUAUGUGGAAAUGACUACUCAAUAAAAGGGAUCACAUGGAAUAUUAGUCCACGAAAAGAGUAUAAGGGCCGACAUUCCCAGAAGAUCAUGGAACAAGUCGACAACAGCCUCCCCGACUGCCGCUGAUUACCAGAUUUUCUUCCUAUACUUACAGAAAAUAAAGAAAGUCUAGUUCUGGAACCAUUUCUUACUUGUAAGAAGAGGACGACGCUGGAAUAGUCGUCUUUAGCGGCAGUCGCGGAGGCAAUCGUCGGAGGCGGGAAACGAUAUGUCAAAGAAGAAUAAAAUAUAUCUGCGUCAUUUAAAUUUUUUCCAAUAAUUGAUUCAUUUUGCUCAUUUUCGGCCGCUGUGACAGUUUUAAAUGUUUCCAGACAUUUAAAUACACGCUUCUCUGCGUCUUUCUCUUCAUUAUUUUUUAGUUCCCAUUGAAUAAAAGCUCUAAAGGUAACUGAUUUUCAAAAAGUCUUAUUCAGAAUUCCUGCGUUUCGAUAUUGGAAGUUGGUUGCGGCGUGGGAAACACGACGUUUCCACUGGCGGAGGCGAACAACCGCGAGCGUAUUUUUUUGCACAGCUGCGACUAUUCGGCCAACGCUGUCAAGGUGCUCAAAGCGAACGAGAAGUACGACGGGAACUUGAUGAACGCCUUUGUCUGGGAUAUCACGGAGGAGCCGCCAGCAGAUGCUCCAGCUCGCGGCUCGCUGGACUACGUCGUCUGCGUCUACGUCCUGUCGGCCAUCCAUCCUACGCGAGUUCACCUCGCAAUCGCAAACCUCACUUCACUGCUCAAGCCGGGCGGAAUGCUCCUUCUGAAGGACUACGGCCGCCACGAUCUCACUCAGCUCCGUUUCAAAAAAGACCGCAUGAUUGAGGAGAAUUUGUACUGUCGGGGAGAUGGCACUUUAGUCUAUUAUUUCACUAUGGAUGAGCUCGAAUCUUUGUUCUCUGACCAGGGCCUCGUCAAAGAUGUUAUGCAUGUUGAUCGUCGUUUAAUCGUAAAUCGAGCUAGACAGAUCAAAAUGUAUCGGCAAUGGAUUCAAGCAAAAUUUCACAAACCUUGCAUUCUACUCCAUUGAAGUAUUUUGUUUUUCUUUGUGAAAUCGCCGGGAAAAUGUUCUAUCUGACUUUAUUUCCUAACUUUCCGUCUCCUUUUUCUUAAAUUUUUUAUGUACUUUUUUAUUGCUUGAUUUCUUUAUGUUGAGUUGUUUAACGAAAAAUAAAGCCAUUUUUUUAUUCUAUUUAGUGAAAAGUGACUGAAAGAAAAAUAUGUGAAGAGAUUGCAGAACAAAAAAGCGUUGUUGCGGCUGACAUGCGAGUCGCUGAAGUUCCGGCCGGUAUUCGAUGAGCUGCUACUGGUGAUUUUUGUUUCGUAUUAAGUAUGGGUUAACAAGGGAAUUGCAAAACUCUAGGAGUUGAACUUUUAAAUUUUGCAAAGGGAAAUCAUCACGAAACAUUUCUUAUUACAGGACAAAGAAUGCCGAACAAUAAAACAAGAUCUGGCUCUCGAAGGAUCUUUGGAGCUUCUUUACGUGCUUUUGUACGAGUUUUUGGUUGGCUCCGGUCUUAAUCGAUGUUCAUCGAAGUUGAAAGCUGUUAUUUCGAGGAAAUCGAAGCAACUGAAAGAUGCGGUGAGUUUUUUGAAGGGUCUGGGCUCUUUUAACUGAUUUCUUACAGGAAAGCGCGUUAGAAACAAAAAAUCGCGGGAUCAACUCUGUAAAGAACGCGGAAAAAGAUACUACAAAGGCAAGAAAGUGGACAGGAGAUAUUUUGACUGAUACACUUUGAAGGUCGAGAUUCCCCGGUAUGCUCGGAUAAACACUUUGCGUUGGAGUCGGGAGGACGCUCUCAAGACACUUUCAGACGAAAAGUGGAAGGUUUUUUGUUAUUUUACUGGUGGCUUAUUUCAAUUUAUCUUAUUUCAAUGAAUUCAAAAAUAAAUAUUUUCAAAAAAAAAAGCUCAAGCGUUGUGAAGUUUAGUGACCCGCUCUGUUUUUCAGAUUAGCGAAGUCUCUAGCGAUACAACUUUCGCCGAACGCGUCGCCGCUUUGAAAGAAGACGAGGUUUUCUCCCGCUCGAUUUUAUCCUUCUUUCAAAAAUUGAUUACAGGUUUUGAUUGACCCGCAUAUUGAAAACCUUCUAAUUUUUCCUCAGUCCGGAAACUUUCACGAGUACUGGAUGGUCGAAGAGCGGUACCUCAUUCUACAGGACAAAGUUAGUUCCCGUGAGCUGCAAUUUUUUUUUGGUUCAGCCUUUUCAACAUGAUUCACUUCAAGUUUUGAAGCACGGUUCAGAGAGUUCAUCUUUUAAUUUUUUAAAAAUACAUUCUCAAAACUAAGAAACUUUCAUCGAGAAGAAAUAUUUAUUUAUUGCUCACCCAGCGCUUAGUUCAGACGGUAUUCAAUCAGGAUCUCAAUACGAAUAGGGAAAAUUUCUGAGAAGAAAAGGGUGAAACCUCUCUGUAGGGUGCUUUCACUAAGAAUAACUGACGAGAUAAACGCGAGGUCGGUGGCGGUGCAUUGACGAACUCGCAGACAUGUCGCUUUUUUCUAGGCGCGAUCUCGCAUUUAUCUCGGCGCGACCUCGCAAUUUUCUCGGCGCGACCUCGCAAUUUAUCUUGCAUUUCAGAAAUUUUCCAAAUUGCGAGAGAAAUGCGAGCUCGCGCCCAAAAAAUGCGAGACCGGCGCGAGAAAAAAAAGCGAGAUGUUUGCGAGCUCGUCAAUGUACCGCCAGCGGUUCGCGUUUAUCUCGGCAGUUAUUCUUAGUGUUGUUCCUAGCGGUGAAUAUAGUUAACUAGUUGGAAUUUUCUUUUUGUUUUUUAAACUUUAAAAGAAUAGUAACGCUCUGAUUUCGCCGUAUUUUAAUAGUAAGUUAAUCAUGAAUAAUGAAUUUUCAGCCUAUUUCAAUAGUUUGUUUGAUUUGUAUUCAUGAAAGUUUCGGCGAAAUUCUAAUGGAUGCGUUAGUUCCAGAAAUGUAAUCAUCACCAGUUUUGAUUUUAUUCGGCCCAUCAAUUGAUUUUUGAUAUUCAGGCGUCUUGCUUGCCCGCGUUUCUCCUCGAAGCGACUCCGGGCUCUCAUAUUUUUGACACUUGUGCCGCUCCUGGCAUGAAAACCAGUCAUUCGGCUGCGAUACUCAACAAUAAGGGGUUGGGUUCAAACGAAAGUUUAUUAUUUUCCAUUUUUUUUUUUUGAGAAAAGUGUGGGCGAUGGACCGUGCGGCAGACCGUAUCGAAACCAUGAAAAGUCUUCUGGAAGCGUCUGGAGUCACCUGUGCGGCUGUUUUCUGUGGAGAUUUCCUCAAGACCGACGUCAAUAACAAGAAAUUCAACAAGGUUUUUUUUGCUCCAACGAUAUCGAUUGUGAAGGAAAACAUUUUUUAAAGAGUUGUGUUUUUUUCACAAGGUUUUUCAAGAUAAAAAGUUUAAAAAUUAUAUUCAUAAUUUUUCAAAACUUUGUAUUGGAAGGAGAGAUAUUGAUUUUUUGAUAAGCUUUUAUGGUAGCGUUUGAGUCUGAAAAUGACGCUUUUCAGGUGGAAUAUGCGGUUGUCGAUCCUCCUUGUUCGGGGUCUGGAAUUGUGAAAAGAAUGGACGAAAUCAUUGGAGGCGAAGUCGACAAAGGUCGUUUAGAGAAGUUGAAAAACCUCCAGGUCAUUUCCAUCCUUAUUCUUUCAUAUAUGACUUGUUGAGUAUGUAAAAAAGGCGUGACUAAGAAAUAGAUCACGUGGAAGAUUAGACCACUAUAUAACGGUCUAACUCCACUGAUCAUCAAUUCUAUAUUCACUCUCACUCUUGCCUCAAUCGUUUCGCCUACUACGUCGUGCCCCGCCGUCGACAACGCCGCAGACGACGCCGACUGACUCGACUACCUCUUUUUAUACCCAGUUACAUAAAAGUUUUGGGUGUAAUCUAUUCCGUCCAUAUACACGCACACACAUUAACUUGAAAUGAUUAACUUGAAACAAAUACAUGGAGGUAGUUCAGUCAAUCAGUCAAUCAAUCAAUCAUUUUAUUUAUUUUUCGCAACAUCGGGAUGGUAUGGUGAUGUAGCAGGGAGGGGAAAAGACCAGUUGUGAGUGUUUGCAAGGCGAAUCGUAGCGCAAAAGCUUUUAUCCAAUAGUUUACUAAAUUUUUAUGUUCAGGCCAUGAUUUUGAAACAUGCGCUCAAGUUUCCAAAUUUGAAGCGGGCUGUCUAUUCGACGUGUUCAGUACACGAAGAAGAGAACGAACAGGUCGUUGACGAGGUUUGUUUUUCAUUAUUAUUUUUCUGGUUCAAUUUUUCUAUCUCCAGAGAGACGAAAACGUCUGGUUCUGAUUAUUUAUAUCAUUUUUUGUUUCAAUUGAAGGUAUUGCUGGACACUUACGUGCGUCAAAACUUCGAGCUGAAAAAGGAGGUGCUGCCGAAUUGGAAGCACCGCGGCCUCGGAACCUUCGACUUCGGACAGAGCUGUCUGAGGGCGGACCCCAAAAUAACACUCACAAAUGGAUUUUUUGUCGCCGUCUUUGAGCGGAUUCCAAAGGAAGCACAAGACGAAGAUGAAACCUGA